UCAAAGCGAUUGCGUGCUGUUUGUUUCAGACUUGACCAUGACAGAAGAGAGUAGACAUGAUUCUAGUGUCGAUGACGAAACUGGAUGGACAAUCGAUACGACCGACUUUGUGUACGACUUACACGAGCGAUCUGAUGACGUUUUGUCCAGCGAUCCAUUCCAUGGCGUUGUUUGGAUGUUACUUUCGAUUGGAAUUAUUGGCAACAUAUUGGUUGUUGUGUGGAGACUUGCACAGAAAAGAGAUCAGAGAUCGUCUCCUCUCUCAAUCCUCAUCAUCAUGCUAGCAGUUUCAGAUUUCUUGUAUUGUGGUCACUUGCUUCUUCUGGAGAGUUUGGUGCUUGAUGUUAAUCUAAACCAAACAAAACAUCUGUCACCUAUUUCUACUCGUAACGUGUGCAUGACAAGUGCUUUGCUGUCUUGGUUCACUUGUCUUACAGCUCAGUGGGCAAUUUUUAAUAUUGCAGUUUACUCGUUUCAAGCAAUGAGUGAGUUCUGUUCUCGUUGUUGCUGUUCACUAGUUCACAAGAGAAAUCUGGUUAUCACAAUCAUCUGCCAAGUUUUAAUCAACGUUGUGAUGAUUGUUGUUUACAUAACUGUAUUACGCAAUUACCACUAUGUUGGCACUGAUGACAUGUUUGACUUACAACUACAAGAUUAUGACAAAACUACAAACAACGACGUCUCCUCUAACUGGACAGUAGUUACUUUAAACUCAAGACGUGAACGAAUUGCCCAAAUUUUUGGACGUUGUGCUUGGGCACAGUCAAACGGAUUUGGUUAUUACUUUAACUAUACAAUUUCAUUCACACAUAACAAUCAUACAAAAAUCUUCAAUGAGAGUGAUUGCUAUGUAUUAGACACCACAUUUGCAGCAUCAAUAAUAGUAUCAAUCGUACCUUCUCUAAGUACUUUUCUUACAUUGACAUGUGCUGUUCUCUAUAAAUGUUUUUGGAUAAAGCUUCGUGCAAGAGCAGCAAACUUAACAGGAAGAUCUGACAUAAACAAAAUUCGAUGGCGUUUGAGUGCAAUUGUUCUCCUAAACACUCUGUGUUGGAUUCCUGUGACUAUACUACAUUAUAGUAUAACUAAUAUGAAUAUUGAAUGGUCUAACGAUUCUACUGCAGCAAAUGUUCUUCUCAUCUCAAUCAGUCCGGCAGUUAAUCCUCUCAUCUACACAUUCACAGGAAAGAACUUUUUACAUUCAAUUCGCAAGUUUUGUAGACAAAUGAAAUGCUACAUAUACGUGAGACGAACCAGUUCCAACUACCAUUACAAUCACACUAGAGGAGUUGAACGCUGCAGCUGUAUUCCAUGUGUCAGAUGUGUUCACCAUGAUGAAGAGAAUGAUCCAGACUACUGGCCUACUCAAAAUACUUCCGAAUGGAAUUCUGAUCAGAGCAGACUCCUGCCGUCUACCAAUGAAUCAAGUGAAACUAACUAACAGAUUCACAUCAGCUACUAGCUGUUGCAUGGAUUAUCAUAGUAACUCUUUUCAAUGUGUGUCAUUGCACUUUAGUCAUAUUGUAUGGAUGUUUGCUAUCAAGAUUGUAUGCAUGUUUAUAAUUAAGUCUAGAUCUGUUGUGUGCAUUAGAUAAACUUAGUGAGUGUGCUAGCACUUUCAGAUGUUAUUUUAAAUAUAA